AUUUGUGGUCACUGUUACUGUGCCGGGGCAAAGCCCAAAUGAUAUCUAUCUAUAUAUAACAAGAAGUAUAUGUAUUUGGGCACUUCCUUGUCAUUGGACAUCAACAGCUGAAGUGUCAUUUGUAAAUGUCGCUCGCAUUUGUUUGUCAUGUCCAACCAUGAAUCUUCAGGAUCAUGGAUUGCUGUAACAUUGGCUGCGUGGACAAAAUGUGGGUGACCAUGGUGGAUUUUCGUUGAGACUUUGACCAUCUUUGACCACAUCAUAUCAGUUGAGUUCGGCACCUCUGAAUGACAUAACAUAGAUUCGUCCCAGCGAUUCGACAGUGUGAGUUGCCGCUGAAAGGGCUGGAUGGCUGGGGUAUUCUCAACUCUGAGAUUUUUUGCAACUCAGGGCUGGACCCAAAGUCCAUCAAGUCGAGGUGUUUAGCUGUCUUGGUGCCGAAUUCUUGCUUGGUCGGAUGUUUUCGUGCAUGCUCAUGCUCGAGCCUCCGUGGCAACGGCUCAAAGAAGAAACGGCCCAAGAACCCGACUAAAGGCGAUCUGCUGCCAUGCAGCAGCAAAGUUGGGGAGCCAGUCAUUUGCCGUUCUUGGCAGUGGGGCGCGUGAAGGACAGCAUCACCCUGGCUUAUUACAUUGAGACCGACAACGCUGAGCAGCAGGAGCAAACUCAAGAAGUUUUCCAGAAGCUGCUCAAGGCUGGCUGAAGCUUCCAAAACCUUGCAGGAGUCAGAGCCCUCAUAUUCUCGUAGCUUCUGGCUUCAAACUUGACAGCAGUCGCAACCUGCAGCUGGCUUGCUACUGUAGCUCUGAGCUGAGGGCAGAAACCAAUGUUCCCAACUUGCAAGUCUCUGGAUCAAAGACAACACAAAGGUCUCUCACCUCAUGCUUGCGAUGCACAAGCAAAUUCAAGGAUUCUUGUGCGCACACCCACUUAACUGCUUCGUGUGGAAACCUCACGAAACGCCCCUUGCACCAGCUUCGGAUGUAUGAUCAAUAUGUGGAAUCCUUACCGCCAUCAAAAAGUCAGACUGGAUGACCGCGAUUGCAGAGGCUUCUUCCCAGAAGCUGGCUGCUGGUCAAAGAACUCGGCUGCAGUGGAACAAUGGCAGUGUGCGGUCUCCAGCGAAGCGUGGUGUGCGGUCGAAUCUCGCUUCAGGGAUCGCUUCCCACCGAAAUCGCUGAAAUCGAUGAGGAUUUGUCAGAAUCGAACGGUUGUGAGCUGGGAAGCCGCUGCUUUUGAGGAAGCUUGAAGCAGCAACGCACCAAUCCCAUUCCAACUAUUGGCUGUGACCAUAGCCUUCAAUGUGAACAGACCUAACAAGGCCUCCUCUAGUCCCUCUAGUCCCCGAAACUCUAUAUAGAUGUGGGGCCGUUUUUAGCUCGGCAGGGAUUGCAAUCGCCGCACAACAAAGAAUCUUCUUUGGAGGUCUCCAUUGUUUGAAACAUUCUUCUCUCUAUAUCACGUUCUUCAGCAUACCUAUGACUGAGCCUGGUGUCAAGGUUUGCUGCUUGAUGGACGAGCAGGCCCGACUACUCUACUGCGUGGUGACCUCUUCGUUGUCAUAUCCAGAGCGACAAGCCUAUCAGCUGCUCUACGAUUUUCGGGGCCUAGUGGAGCGGGACAACACCAAUGAAUUGGACGAGUCCGAAGCUCAUUCCUUGAACGACAAGCUUGAGGCUCCGAUGAGGGAGCUGGUGAAGAAGUACGAAAACGUGCAGGAUGGAAAGAUGUCCACCACGAACAUUCCGGACACUUCCUCCGCACCCCUGAAUCAUCAAGAUUUGCAGGCGGCCAACGGAAAGAAGUGGAUCCUACUGGUCGCGGUUGCUGUUGUCAUCAUCUUGAUAUUGUACUUCAUGUUCGGCAGGGGCUCAAGUGACUCAAGUGAGAAGAAAGAGGACGAGAAGACGCAGAUCAUCUUUCGUUUUCUAUGAGGACGGCGGAUCCUUGCUCAGUGCUGGGCCGCCUUGGUUACGAAGGAUUUCAGAUUUCUACAUAUUUGCCGGGAUGUCUCAAAGCAGUCAAGUGCAUCAACAAAAAUUUCAAAGGGCUAGAUUGAUGGGUCUGGGGUGUUUGUUGGGAUUACUCACAUGUGUGCUGGGUUCGCAAGAGGGUUUCAGAAGAGGCCCCUAGAGCGGACGCGAAGCCACAGUAUGACUGGAAGGGGGAGUCCUUAAGGUGUCUGGGCCACUAAGAGAAGGUCACUUGCUGUUCAAGGUUGAUGCACCCCUCAAAGGCUCCUUUGGUU